GGGGAAAUUCUUUAUAUGUUCACUCCUAUUCAAGACCUUUUUCUUACUAAGGUUGAGAAGAUUUAUAGAAUUGAGUACAAAGAAGAUCUGCCUAAGGACUGGGUUGAUAAACUAGAUCUUAGAAUUAUUCAAAUUUCUAAAAGUUACAUUUAUGGACUGAAACAUUUAAAGUUGGUUGAACCCUCAGCAAGAAUUUACAGGGAAAAGGAAUCAAAUGGAACUGAAUCUUCCCAGUUGAAACAAAAACCCAAUUCUGGAAGCAAUUAUCUUACAACUAGCAAUGUUAGCAUGAAGGAUCUUACCAACUUCAACAAUGCAGACAAGCCAGGGAUGGAUCUAAUAUCCUUCAACAUAGACAAGCCAGCAAAGGAUCUUAUGUCCUUCAACAUAGACAAGCCAGUGAAGGAUGUUUUGUCCUUAAAUAGCCUAGAUAAGCCAGUGAAGGGUCGAAUAUCCUUAAAUAGUAUAGUGAAGCCAGUUAUGGAUCCAAUGUCCUCCAAUAGUGUAGUCAAGGCACGGGUAGAUCAAAUGUCCUUCAAAAAUUUAGUCAAGCCAGAGAAGGAUCUAACGUCCUUAAAUACUUUAGUCAAGUCAGUGAUGGAUACAAUGUCUUCCAAUAACCUUGUCAAGCCAGUGAUAGAUCCAAAGCCCUCUAACAACUCAGACAAGCCUUUUAAGUAUCUCAAGUCCUUCAGCAUUUCGGACAAGCCAGUCAAGUAUACCAAUGCUUCAACCCAGUGUGAAUCUACAUCUUCACAUCCACAGGUGGCUACAGAUUCUGUUGGAGUACAAGUAAACAUUGAAGGAUAUCUUCUCAGCACAUUGAAGAAUGAAUGCUGCUUUUAUGAGAGUAGUGGAGAGGAUUAUUUGACAUUUAAACCCUGCAGACCAGAUGAUGAGAUAUUUAAUUACUCGGACUGGAGUAGCUCAGAUGAUGAAGAAAAUGAAGUAAACCACAGGAUUAGCUCAGAGAAUGGAAAGGAAAACAAGGUUCUGGACAGACAAAUAUCCUGUUCUGAUACCGCUCUUAUUCACUUUGAUAAAACAGCAGAGUAUUCUACCAUCAUGGCACAGAUUGCAGCAAUUGCUUCCACUUUUGUGCAAGUUAUGAAAGAGGCAUUAGAACUAGUUCCUGACUCAUCAUUGGCACAAGCCCUAGGACAAGCUUUAAGUCAAGUUCUACGAUUUGUUGAAGAAUCUGAAGCAACCUUUUCCCCAUAUUUAGCAGAAGCUCUUUCUAACGCAUUAGUUCAAGUUUUGUCUUCUAGUCCUACCCCUCCACCUGAUGUGAUUUCAACACCUUCCGCUGAUAUUGAUGUAAAAUCUCUUCUGACUUCUCUUGCAUCUGAGGAUAAAACAAUCCUUUCUCCAUCUCUAAAAUUCUUUGAAAAUGUAGACCCUUUCCAGGAUCAAGUAAACACUUCUGCUCCUAACUCUGACAUUAAGUUUUUACCCUCAGUAGAUGUCCAAGGCAAAGUAACCCUUCCAGAUGUAUCACCUUCCACAGCUCUUUCUUCAGCGCCAGCUUCUACUUCUGGUUCCUCGCCAAUAUUUCAAACCACUGCUUCACUAGUAUCUUUAGACCCUACUACUACUCCCACUAUGGCUAAAGCUUUCAAGUCUGCAGAAAAUGUUUCAGCACAUUUAAUAUCUGAUUCUACAAAAUCUUCUGACGCAUAUUCCGUGAAAUCAUCAGAUGUAGAUAAUUCUUUAGUUCCAGCUGAUAUUACAAAUGCAUCUACAAAAUUUCCAACCAUAUGCUCAGGAGUAUCUACAGAUGUAGAUCAUACUUCAGUUCCAGCUGAUGAUACUAUUGCAUCUACAAAAUCUCCAACCAUAUGUUCAGUAGUAUCUACAGAUGUAGAUCAUACUUCAGUUCCAGCUGAUAAUACUGGUACAUCUUUAAAAUCUCCAACUACAUGUUCAGGAGUAUCUAUAGAUGUAGAUUGUAAUUCUGUUCCACCUGACACUUCUUCAAAAAUCUCCUCAUCUAAAUAUUGUACCAAAGUCACAGCUAUCUUUGCUUCCUUAGAUCCUAAGUUUGAAACAACAUACCAUGUCGCUUCUUCAACUGUGAAGAAUUCAUCAUCACUUGUAGAAGCUCAUGAUAAAGUCGAAAUUUUUUCCCGAUCAAUACAAUCAGUUCCACAUCCAUCUGAGACUCCACCAAAAGCUCCAAUUUUAACUCCUAAUCUUGAACUGACAUUCUCCCCAAACCCAUCAACUCUGUUGAUCAAAGGUUCUACCCCAAUGAAAACAAGAAAGCAAUGUCCAGACACGAUUGAUCUAAUUUGUGCUUCGUUUGCUAAACUUUCUAUUACUGAGGAAAUGUCAAGGAGUGCCUGUACUUGCAGCAGACCUCAAACAUUGGUGUUAUGUACAGAUUGUACAAAAACGCAUCCAUAUAGUAGAGUCAAAACUGUGUGCAAGGUACAUGUAAACCAGUUUAUGAGUUAUGAUCUAGCUCUCUGUGCUCGAUGUUCUUCUGGCAAUCUGUAUGAGUUGAAGGAAGCAGAUUAGAAGAUUUCUUCUCAAAUAGAGUUUAAGUAGGCAGAUAAGAAGAUUUCUACUCAAUUUAAGUCCUGAACGGUCGUCAUGACUCAGAAAUUUAUUUUUCGGAAUUUAUUACCCCAGUGACGGGAUGUUUCACACCUUUUUGGAUACUUUUCGUUACAUUUUAUCCAUAAAUAUAAAUUUUAAAACUAUCGAUUUGAUGGAAAUAUUGUAAUUUUUUAUUUUUAAAAUUUGUUUGGUCUGAUUCGCUGUUUGUAUUUUUUAAAAGAUGAUAUUCUAAUUUGAUGCAUUCGUUUUCUGGGUUUUCAUAGUACUGUAGGUUAAACACUUGUUUCAAAGUUUAUGUUUUGUCAAGCUUUUGAUGAUCAUUGAUCAAUCACAUUUCAAAGUUCCAAGCGUACAUUUAGACUUCUAAGUAUGUUAUUAUGAAAAGUUUUAACAUGUUGGCUAUCGUUUGUUUUUGUGUAAAUAAGCUUUUUUUAUAAUUAAUAUUGAAUAAAGAAUGCGGAAUGUUAA